AUGCCCAUUAUGGUCAAGUUGACAACACUGAUACCAGGUGAUCCCACGUGGAACUUCAUCAUAACCGGAUCACCUGACGACAUGACGGAUCCAAAAGAAUUAAAUGGAAGUGAAUUUUGUAUCAGC